AUGGCGAAGAAGAUCAAGGAGAAGAAGGUGAAGGACCCCAAGAGCAUCCCGCUGGCCCAGCCUGACAGGUCUGGGCCUAGUGAGGCGACGCUGCUCCAGCUGGCCCAAGAAAGGGGCCUUUUCCAGCAGGAGGAUGAGGCGAGGAGCAAGCGCGGCCAGGUCCCCAAGGGUGCUGUCCGCAUAGACAGGCCCACCGAUGAAAGUGACGGAGAGGAGGAGGACGAAGAGGAUGACGCCCUGCUGUCUCCCUUCGUGGACCGCAUAAUGGACUCGUUGCUGUGGACAGUCAGCCUUGCCAUGGUCCACGGUACUUUUGAUGUGCUAGUCCAGAACCAAUAUGCCAUUGCAAUCGAAUGGCCAAGUGUCAUCACCAGGACUGUGGUCGCGUUUCUUGUGCUCUUCUUCCUUUUCCACAACCUCCACGAACACCGCUCCAGCACGACCGUUAUCCCGGGGCUUCCGCUGCGUUUCCAGCACCCCAUCCGACAGGCCAUCUUCUUUCUGACGAGCGUUUCUGCCGGGUGCUAUUUGAUCUAUAUCACCAACAAGUACAGCUAUCUUGCGACCCUUAAGCAAGCUCCGACACUGGGUUGUCUGUGGAUUUGGUCUGUACUCGAAUUGGAUCUGGCGGUGGCUGCGGCGAGUCUGGCUGUUGCAGGGGCAUUCCUACUGCAAGGAGGGUACGACAUCAAAUGA